AAAGGCGCAUGUUGGAUCACCACGUUGUACUCAAAUUGGUGCUUUCUCUACAAGUGACAAGUGAACUUUCUACCGUUUUGUUUUUGUUAUUGUUUAUUACAAAACUCUUACAACACAUUUUGUUGUUUAUUAUUUUGUUAAAUUUUCGACUCAUUUAAUUACACAAAAUGGUGGCUAAGGGCCCUUCUGUGGCAUUCGCUAAAAUGCGUCGAUUUGCAGAACGAAAAGACAGGUCCUUGUGCGUGAUGAUGAAAAAGCGUGUCGAUAUGGAUAAGGCCGUGAUGGAGGAAUUAGUGAAGGGCGUUCAUUCUGGGAUUGAACGCGUCUUCUUCCCUAGACAAAGGGUGCCCAGAUUCUUCUUCGUCCUUUGCAAAGAAGGGAACACCAAGGAUGCCGUGGACAAGGCUAUCCGUACCGUGAAUAUUGCCGAAUUGGGACCACUCUUUCCGAAGAAGGUCCAAAAUAAAGAAUUCAAGUUGAACGAGCCAGUAAACUUUGGAGAGAUGAAAAAUGUUGACCCCUUAACUCUUGUUUUGGAAGCCAUUCCCAAAACUUUAGAGACGGAGACGAUCAAGAAGGAAUUUCCAGCCUGCAAAGAUAUUGUGCGAUUUAAUGCUGGGAGAUGUUAUGUUUCGUUUAACGACAUCCCAGAUGCAUAUGAAGCUCUCAAAAAAGUGAAAAAUGGACCGCUUUGUGGAUUCAAAAUCACAGCAAAGUUUAACAAAAUUCAGAAACCUAAAAAUCAAGUAAUUAAAGACAAGUUACAGCAACAACGGGAACACCGAAGUAGUGCAAAAAAUGUAAAGCGUCUUAAAAAAAAUAAUUAGAUUCAAGUACGUUAAAAGGAAUGUGUAUAUGAAAAUUGAGAAUGAAGAAUUGUCAUAAUAAUUUAAGGAAGUAUUUACUUUAUUUGGAUCCAACAAAUUAUUGCUGUUGAAAGUACUUAUUAUGUAUACUUUUGCAUAGAUGAUCGCUCGUUGCAUAUUUUCACAUUAAUACAAGUACUUAUCAGUAAAAUGUCUAGUUUUAUAAAACUUGCAAUGAAAUUAAAGUACAUCAUAAAAGUGCGUCUUUUCAGAAAAUAACACA